CUCUACUCUACUAGCGGUGAAAAAGGAAGAAUGAAAUUUGAGAGUAAAUCACGACGCUUGUCGGUGCUCCAAGCUAACGUGUCAGGCGCAGACCCGAAUACCCGGCCCCAUUUACCCGUACUUUUAUGACCACCUUUCCUUCUUCCCUUCCCACAACCAUAAAACCACCUUCAAGUCUUCAACUACCACUCCUCCCAAAAAUGGACCAAUCCAACUUCGUUAUGCCGAAGCGGCCCAAAACGGCGUCGUUCCUCUCCGACUCCUACCGUCUCGCCGGCGCCUCUCUCGUCGCCUUCAUGGUCUUCUGGACUAUCUGGUCCUCCUUCCCCCCAUCCCCACCCCCAACCCCCGCCCUCACCGUUCCCGCCGCCGCUGAUUCCGCCGCCCCCGACCUAGCUUACGCCUCACCGGAGAAAAACUUCUACGACGACCCUAAGCUGAGCUACGCAAUCGGGUCGGCGCCGGUGAGGAAAUGGGACGAGAAGCGGCGGGAGUGGCUCCGACAGCACCCGAGCUUCGUAGCCGGGUCGGCGACCCGGAUCGUGAUGGUGACCGGGUCGCAGUCGGAGCCGUGCAAGAAUCCGAGGGGCGACCACCUCCUCCUGAAGCUGUUCAAGAACAAGGUGGACUACUGCCGGCGCCACGGCAUCGACAUCUUCUACAACAACGCCCUCCUCCACUCGAAAAUGUUCUCCUUCUGGGCCAAGACAGCCGCCGUCCGCGCCUCCAUGCUGGCCCACCCGGAGGCCGAGUGGAUCUGGUGGGUCGACUCCGACGCCGCCUUCACCGACAUGGACUUCCUCCCGCCGCUCCCCCGCUACCACGACUUCAACAUGGUCGUCCACGGCUGGCCUCUCCUCCUCCAGCAGAGGCACACGUGGACGGGCAUCAACGCCGGCGUCUUCCUCAUCCGGAAUUGCCAGUGGGCGCUCGACUUUCUCGACGUGUGGGCCAGCAUGGGCCCACAGUCCCCCGACUACGAUAAAUGGGGGAAAAUCCUCAGCUCCGUCUUCAAAGACAAGAUCUUCCCUGAAUCCGACGACCAAUCCGGUUUAAUCUAUCUAUAUUUAAAAGAAAAGGAAAAAUGGGGUAAUAAAAUCUACGUGGAGGGGGAGUACUAUUUCGAAGGGUACUGGCUCGAAAUUGUAGGGAAUUUCGACAAUAUCACGGCGAGGUAUGAUAAGAUUGAGAGGAAUGUGGCGGCGCUGCGGCGGAGGCACGCGGAGAAGGUGAGCGAGGGUUACGCUAGGGUGUGGGAGGAGCAGCUGAAGGGGGCGGGGUACGGGAAGGGGAGCUGGAGGAGGCCGUUCGUCACGCACUUCACGGGGUGCCAGCCGUGCAGCGGGGCCCACAACCAGAUGUAUUCCGGCGAGAGCUGCUUUGAUGCGAUUACGAGGGCGCUUACGUUUGCAGAUAAUCAGGUGCUCAGGAAUUAUGGGUUCGUGCACCCGGAUUUAGAGGAUCCCUCCACUGUCAAGCCGCUUCCUUUUGAUUAUCCCCCGCUUGAUUAAAGUUUUUUCCCACCCAUUUUUCUUCUUUUUAACUUUAUCAACCUUUACUACGUAGAAAAAUGUACUAAUGGUUAUAUGGAGUGUAUAUUUUGUGAGACGUAUAUAAGUACUUAAAGCUAAAAUUGAAACAGUUUCCACCAUUUAAUGGAAUAAGUAGUUAUUUCAUUAAA